AUGGAUAUAGAUACUGAAGUUUCUACAGUUUUAGCAACAAUUAGGCUGAAAUCAGAUAAUUCUGAAUUAAAUAAUAUUAUUUAUCAACUAGAAGAUUUUUAUGAACGUAAAUUAUGGCAUCAAUUAACUCAAGUUUUAGAUCAAAUUUAUUAUACAUUAGAUUCUACUAUAAUCACAUCAAAUUUAAAAAAUCGACUUUAUAAUUUAUUUAUUAAACAAUUUCAAUUGAAAUUGAAUCCAAUUAAAGUUGUUGAUUAUUUAUUAGAAUCAUUUGAAAAUGAUCCAAAAGAAACUUUAUCAACUUUAUUAACAUUAAAAAAAGAUUUUAUUAAUGAUUUGAAAAGAAGUCAUAAUUAUAGAGUUACUGAUGAUGUUGAUGACAAUGAUGACAAUGAAGAAGAAGAAGAAGAAAAUCAAGAUGAAGAAUUGAAACAAUUAAUUCAAGAUGAUGAAGCUGUUAUAUAUGUUAAAUUACAAAUUGCUCGUUAUUAUUUGAAAUUACACCAAUUAAAUAAAGCUGAAGAUAUUUUAAUUGAUGUAGCUCCAAAAUUUGAAAGUUUAAACAAUAAUUUAAAUUCUAAAAUUAAUUCUGCUUAUUAUUUAGAAAAAACUGAACAUGCCAAAAUUUUAAAUAAUUAUAAUGAUUAUUAUUCAAAUGGGUUAUUAUAUUUAUCUUCAGUGACUAAUUUAACUGAUGAAGAAAAAAAUAAAUUACGUUAUGAAUUAUGUAUUGCUGCUUUAUUGGGUGAUAAAAUUUAUAAUUUUGGUGAAUUGAUUUUACAUGAUAUUUUCCAAGAAAUUUCUCAACCAUCAUCAUCAACAACAUCAUCUCAAUAUAAUUGGUUAUAUCAAUUAAUUAUUAAUUUAAAUGCUGGUAAUGUUGACAAUUUCAAUCAUUGGUUAUCAAUAGCUAUAAAGAAAGCUCCAAUUUUGGAACAACAUCAAAUUUUUUUAAAAGAAAAAUUAACCAUUAUGGCAUUAUUAGAAUUAGUUUCAGCCGAUAAAAAAUUAUCUUUUGAUAUCAUUAGUGAAAAAACUAAUACUCCUAUUGAUCAAGUCGAAUUGAUCAUUAUUAAAACUAUGUCAUUACAUUUGAUUGAAGGUUAUAUUAAUCAAGAUCAACAAUAUGUGGUGGUAUCUUGGAUUCAACCAAGAAUUUUGAAUUUAGAUCAAGUUAAAAAUUUGAUUCAAAACGUGGAGCAUUUAAGUAAGAAUAUUUCUUUAGUUUGUAAAAAUUUUUAG